AUGAUUAGCACCAGAAUUAUUUCAGGAUCAUUCUUCUGUCAAAGCGGUAAAUGUGUGCAGCAUUCUGCUCAUUGUGAUGGUGUAAAUGACUGUGGAGAUUACAGCGACGAAUUCAACUGCCCAGCAUCUCCGAAAGUGAUUACGUGUUUAAAAUACGAGAAAGGUGAAUCCGGCAAAAUACAAUCACCAAAUUACCCAUCGCCUUAUAACGCCAACGCAAAUUGCCGUUGGGUCAUCGAAGGACCGAUCAGCUCACGAAUCCAUAUCACGUUUGACACAUUUGAAACGGAGCAGUAUGAAGAUUUUGUAACAAUUCUCGAUGGUGGGCCCGCAGAAAAUUCGUCAGUUGUUAUGGCUAUCCUUUCCGGGUCAAAGAAACCGGAAACACUGAUUUCGAGUACCAAUGUAAUGGUGGUGCGGUUUAGCAGUGAUGCACAGAUACAAGUUCGUGGAUUCGAAGCAAGCUGGAGGGCCGUUAGUGUGUCUUGCGGUGGUGUUAUGAAAGCUCAGCCUUAUGGGCAAACGUUCACCAGUCCGGACUAUCCCAAAAACUACCCAAAUGGCGUGGAAUGUGUUUGGAAAAUCGAAGCGCCUCCUGGACAACUCAUUUCCCUUGAUGUCGAGGAACUUGAUCUGGAAAAUGUGGACGAUUUCUUGCUGAUUUAUGAUGGCAGUACUUCGCUGGCUCCAGUGCUGGCUCGCUUGUCAGGAACCUAUACGCAGCCUCAGCUUAUCAUAUCCAGCCAGUCACAGUUGUAUCUUUACUUUUAUUCAAAUUUCGCGCGCAGUGGCCGAGGAUUUAGUAUUGCAUACAAACGAGGAUGUUCGAAUCGCAUUCGUCUUAAUCAAGGAAUUAUAACAUCCCCUGGUUAUACUCAGGUAGCAUAUCCGAAUUCUCAACGCUGCGUUUAUACGGUAGAGCUUCCGGAUGGUAAAUCGGAACAGCCAACAGCUUUUGCUGUCAACAGCUUUGAUGUUGCCGAAGACGAUCGUUUGCUUGUCAGUUUUUUCCAUCCUUGUUUUAACUCCUUCUUGAAUACCAGGGCCAACAAAAUCGUUCAAAUUCUGUAUGCUUACUUCCUAUGUUACUGA